AUGGGACAGGGUACUGGAAACAUUGAAGCCAAAGCGAUACUACGAGUGGUAUUAGACGAGCUUGUCACCUCGUGGAAACUCAUCUUCACCCACUCAUACCUCACCACAAACUUCGUACCAUAUCCACACAUUCCUUCCAUCACACCAUUUCCCCACCACCUCACCCAUUGCAUCCAAAACUCCAACCCCCACCCUCGCCAACUCGUAGAGUACCAGCCCGCUUUUACAUACCACAACCACCACAAUCAUGCACUCCCCCACUCCCCACCCUCUUCCUCCUCAGCAUCCCCCUCCUCUCCCCUCCGCAAACGCGCCACCAUCGUCAACUGCAACGACCCCAGAACCGGUCUCUCCCCUCAUGUCGGUUCACCCUCAACACGAACCGGCUACAUCACCAACACCGGAGCCCAGAUUGAAGAGUAG